AUGGUAGUGGAGAAGUUUCCAUCUGUUCAACAAGUUUUGACGGACGAUUUUACUCUGCCGGUCAAGUUUGGCAUUGCUGUAAAAAAUAAUGGUGAGAGUUGCCCCGCCCCGACGACGCCGCUAGGCUGCCCGAGCUCUCGCCCCGUCGACGUCGUCGCCGCCCCCGUCGCCGCGCCCUGCCCCGUCGCCGCCCGUGCCCCAUGCCGUCACCACCCCGCGCCGCCCCGGCGCCGUCGCAGCGCGCCACCCCGCGCCGUCGCCGUCCCAAUGCCGUCGCCAUCACCUCCAUGCGCCGCCCCGACGCCGUCGCCGCCCGGCGUCGCCCUGACGCCGUCGCCGCCCCGCGGCGCCGCUGCCCCGAUGCCGUCGCCGCGCCGCCCCACGGUUUCUUUUAUGCGGGCCUCCUUCGAGGGCCUGAUAACUGGUCCUGUCAAAGGAUAA